GGUCUGAGAUGAGUUAGUUUGUGGAGUGUUUGGCUAACGUUAACUAGAAGUAAAUAACAGUGCCAGUGGCUGUUAUGUUUUUCUAUUCUCAGUCUUCGAAACAGUUCCUAAAUGAGAGGCAUGUUCUGACCUGAGAGUGCACACAAGGAACCAGGAAAACUGUGAAUUUAAAGUCCCGUCUGAACAAAAAAGGAAGACAACGAGUCGCGCAGCAUAUCCAGGUGGCAUUUAUCAUUCAACACCGCCGAAGCUGAGGGUCGUUUCUUCGCUUGAGUGACCGUAGAUGCUUCCUUGGUGCUUCCUGAUUAAAUGAAACGCGUCGUGGUAAACAAAAGUCCUCUGACAUUUCAUGGAUUCCGUCUUGUGAUUUGAUGAUGGGACAGGGUAGUGCUGGAAGUGACUGCAGCCCAGGAGGCUGAUGAAUCUGCUCCAUCAGCCAGUCAGGAUGCACAUAGCUUCAGUCGGGGUCAGCAAGAUCUGCUUCCUGUUUUCUCUCGCAUUCUGUGGUCUCCUGCUCCUGCUCAUUCCAGCUCUACAGCCCUCUGUACGCCAGGUGGACCUGCCUAAGCCCCGACCUGCCCAGAUGGGGACGUCACACCAAGUCAGGGUUCCAGGAGAUUUUUUGCAUGCUGGGGACAAAGAAAUAAUCACAGGUCCCAAGAGGAGCUCAGCAGGGCGGGGGAAACCCAUCAAAACUGCACUGGGUGCCAGAAGAACCCCUGAAAGAGGUGUUGGUGGGCUUUCAGAGUAUAGGUCACGUGACAAGUUAGAGCUGAAAGACAUUUUUAUUGCAGUAAAGACUACCAGGAAGUACCACAAAUCCAGACUGGAGCUGCUCAUUCAGACUUGGGUGUCCCAAGCUAAAGAACAGACUUACAUUUUCACUGAUGGUGAUGACAAGGAGCUGCAAGUGAGGACAGGAGCUAACAUCAUCAACACUAACUGCUCAGCAGCUCAUACCCGACAGGCUCUGUGCUGCAAGAUGUCUGUAGAGUACGAUAAAUUCAUCGAGUCUCAGAGGAAGUGGUUUUGUCAUGUGGAUGAUGACAACUAUGUGAUCCUGCCCAGCCUGCUACGGCUUCUCUCCUCCUACCACCACAGCCAGGACAUCUACCUGGGCCGACCCAGUCUGGAUCACCCUAUAGAGGCUGCAGAGAGGGUCAAGAGUGACGGCUCGGUGUCUGUCAAGUUCUGGUUUGCCACAGGUGGAGCAGGUUUCUGUAUCAGUCGAGGUUUAGCCCUGAAAAUGAGUCCAUGGGCCAGUUUGGGGAAUUUCAUCAGCACAGCAGAAAAGAUCCGACUCCCAGAUGACUGUACCAUUGGCUACAUCAUUGAGGCGCUGCUGGAGGUCACUUUGACACACACGUACCUUUUCCACUCUCACCUGGAGAACCUGCAGAAGCUGCCCACUGACACUGUGCUGGAGCAGGUGACUCUGAGCUAUGGAGGUUUUGAGAACAGAAGAAAUGUAGUCAACAUUGCUGGAGAACUUUCACUGACUGAGGACCCCACAAGGUUUAAGACAGUCCACUGUCUUCUGUAUCCUGAUACUGAGUGGUGUCCAAAGCUCAAACCACAGCAUAAAAACUGAAUUCCAGCAGGUGUCAGAGCUGCAGAUACUCGAGACUAUGAAGUCACUCUAGUUUUGGCUCAAGAAAUAUUUGAGUGUAAUGUUUUAGUGUUCUUCAGUUGUACACCUCUCAGAGAAAGAACUCAUUGAUGAGUGGUGUUAAUCAAAUGCAUGAAGAGCAACGACAAAAGGUGGAGGCAAAGAGUGCCCUUUUUUUUUUUUUUCUGAUGAGGAGAUCAUGCCGGCCGUUAUUGGCCAUAGCCAAGAUCUUCCCCACUUCUGUGGGUGGCUGUGGCUCUGGAGGUAGAGCAGGUCACCUGCUACUCUGAAGGUUGGUGGUUCAAUCCCAGUCUGUAUGCCAAAGUAUUCUGAGUUGCUCCCAAUGUGAAUGUGUGUAUGAAUGUUAGAUUAAAAGCACUUAGAUGUAGAAAGUGCUUGUAUGACUGUGUGUAAAUGGGUGACAGUGGCAGGUUGUAUAAAAAGGGUUUUGAGUGCUCAGAGCAGAAAAGCACUGUAUGAGAACCAGACCAUUACUGAUGAGCUUUUAAGACUCGAGUGGGAGAUGGGAAAAAAAACUGUUAUUGUUUAGAGCUAAACCGUGAUCAGCAGAACGGGGUGAAAGUGGACCGACAUCUCCUGAAGAAUGCACAGGCAUGAUAGAUGAGAUUUAGGAUGAGCAGUUUUUUUUUUUUUUUAAAUCAGCAGCAGCACCAUGCAGCACACUGCACAUUCAUUCAUAAACAAAUCCCAAUUCUAAAAGAUAAUUGAUUGAAGAUGCUCAUUUCUUUUCCUCAGAUCUGUCUUGUCUCCCUCUGGAUGUUUGGGCAUUAUAUAAAUAGCACUAAGACCAAGUUUAAGCCAAAUAAAACUAACAUGGAACCAGCAACCUUCUGUGCAAACUGCAUAGCGGGCAGAAUUUAUCAGAGCAUGUGUAGCUAAUAUAUUGCAGUGCAGCCUUUGGGCUAAUUAAUGAUUUAAAUUUGUAUGUAAACAUGUCUUUUCCUAACAGUUUACAAAAGCUUCAUGCUUAUAAGAACCUCCAGGGUGUGUCAUUCAUUUCCUAGAGAUAUGAAAUCGACACCAGCAUUGUGUCCUUCAUCUUUGGUUCAAGCUAGGUUAGGUAGUUAGCCAUAGGUUUUCUAAGUUUAGGUUAAUACAACUCUUACAUGGCUUGUGUUGAAAUGUUUAUGUGACUGUUACUUCAAUUUGUAGCGGACAAAAUUUCAUACAACACAUCGUUGACUGGAGCUGGAAAGCCAGCUCACUAGCUUACCUUUCAGCUCGUAUACAAUACAUUGAAGUUUAAUCCUAAAACCUAUUUGAUGGAAGUAGAAGGUUCCUUCACACGGUAGGCUGGCUGUGUUUAAGCUGUGGACUAACGCAGUAUGAGGAUUAGACGACUUAUUCUGAUGGGGUUUAAAAGUUUAAUUUCUGUGAGCGAUGAAUCCAAACUGCUGUGCUGUGGUAAAUGAACUGGUUCUUGAAUAAUGCAUUUUCUACUCUACGUGAGCACUCAAAGCACUUUAAAUGGUGGUAAUGUAAAAGAGCAGAUAAUGAUGAUGGCGCUGUGUGAAGUGAGGGACUGAUGAAGGUGCGAGAACAGCGGGAGUUGAUAUUGUCCUGCUGUUUUGCAGUUUACUGCUUUUUAAAUGGGGUCAUUGAGUCAGUGUAGCAAAAGAGAUGAGCUGUACCAGCAGGACCGAGAAUAAGCAAAAAGAUUUUGUGAGCAAAGCAGAGCCCACUACAAAAGACUGAAAGGUGUGCAAAUUAGUAUGGUGUGUCAAGACCUCACAGUAUUUUCUGUUCCUUCUAAGCUUAUGCCAGAAGAACAAGAUGCUCAUAUUUUUAAAGAGUCAACACUGAGAUUAUUAGAUAUUAGUAAUAAACAUGAGCUUGGAUGUUUUGAUAUUAGCAGAAAUGAGAUUAUAGUAUGAUUGAAGGGACACCAGUGUAAAGUUUGUGUACUGCAAACAUAAUUUCAGCCUAUUGUAACAGCCAUAGCCUUACCCUCAUAUACUCAGCCCAAUCAAUGGCUUCCCUCCCAUUUCUAACAGGUCUGUGUUUGUGGUUGAGCACCGCUUUAAACCUGACACUUCUAUAAUGUUACCAACUGUAGUUACCUGGGGUUUAAUAACUGGAGUGUAUUAGUGUGAACUCCUUUUAUUAUUUUUUUUACUUUUGUGUAAUCUUGCGUUGCAUAGAUUAUAGUUUUCGCUCCACAAACACUUCUUUCAGGCAGUCGCAGUUCAGUGGGUGGAGCCAAAGUUAACCUUAACAUAAUUCCCAUGAAAUCUGUUUCAUGAAAUGAAUAAUUUUGGGGAAUCACAAUCUUCAAUCAGAUCAAAGGUUCCCACCGAUCAACACUUCAUACCUGGACUAGAAACACAAUGACCUAGCAUGUUCAACACUUUCAUACAGUGUAUCACAAAAGUAAGUACACCCCCUCACAUUUCUGCAGAUAUUUAAGUAUCUUUUCAUUGGACAACACUGACAAAA